GAUAAUUCAAUUUCAUGAAUCACUAUAACUGAAACUCCAUUUGCAUGAUUCAGUGUUCUUAAUAAUCGAAUCGUAACUGUGGCAAUGAAGCUUCACUUGUUCGAUCAACUCAACCACUCUCAAAGAUCAGCUCUUGCUGCAGUUUCCGUUAUUCUCUUCCCCUAUUUCUUUCCCAACUUGUUCCAACCUUUGGGUCGCGCUUCUCCUUCUAUGUUCUCUGAAUGGAAUGCUCCAAGGCCUAUGCAUGUGGAUUUGCUUGAGGGUGCUUUGCAACGCCAAACUCCUGUGGAACUUCAAACUAGUCUCUGGUCUCCUUUGGAAUUCCAAGGAUGGAAACGUUGUAUUGAGCCUCCAAAAUCACCUUCAUUACCCCAAAAGUCUCGGGGUUAUAUCCAGGUUUUCCUUGAUGGAGGUUUGAACCAGCAGAAGAUGGGGAUAUGCGAUGCUGUUGCUGUUGCUAAGAUUUUGAAUGUUACAUUGGUGGUUCCACAUUUUGAAGUUAAUCCUGUUUGGCAAGAUUCAAGUUCAUUUGCCGAUAUAUUUGAUGUAGAUCACUUCAUUGAUGUCCUCCGUGAUGACAUCUCAAUUGUGAAAGAACUUCCUAGUGACUAUUCAUGGAGCACAAGGCAAUACUAUGCCACAGGCAUAAGAGCUACUAGAAUUAAAACAGCACCAGUUCAAGCCACUGCUGACUGGUACAUAGAAAAUGUCUUGCCUGUACUUCAGAGUUACGGGAUUGCUGCUAUUGCACCCUUCUCUCAUCGCUUGACAUUCAACAACUUGCCAUCAGACAUCCAGCGUCUCCGUUGUAAGGUCAACUUUGAAGCAUUGACCUUCGUUCCACAUGUCAAGGAGUUAGGAGAAACCAUCAUUCAUCGCCUUCGACAGACUCCUAGCAUCAACCAAGCAAAGGGGAAUGACUAUAUGAUGGAGGGAACUGUUGAAUUUAUAAAACAGCAAAUUGGGAAGUAUAUUGUGUUGCAUCUGCGUUUUGACAAGGAUAUGGCUGCUCAUUCAGCUUGUGACUUUGGUGGGGGUAAAGCUGAGAAACUUGCUCUAGCUAAGUAUAGACAGGUGAUUUGGCAGGGAAGGGUGUUGAAAGCUCAAUUCACCGAUGAAGAGUUAAGAAAUCAGGGGCGUUGCCCGCUGACUCCCGAAGAGAUCGGAUUGCUUCUGGCAGCUUUGGGGUUCAACAAUAAAACACGGCUUUAUCUCGCUUCCCACAAGGUUUAUGGUGGAGAAGCUAGGAUAGCAUCUUUAAGCAAAUUGUUUCCACUGAUGGAAGAUAAGAGGAGUCUAGUCUCCGCUGAGGAACUGGCCAAGGUUAAUGGAAAGGCAUCACUAUUAGCUGCUGUUGAUUAUUAUGUGAGCAUGCACAGUGACAUCUUCAUUUCUGCUUCUCCUGGCAAUAUGCACAAUGCUCUGGUGGGACACCGUGCUUAUAUGAAUCUGAAGACUAUCAGGCCAAACAUGGGGCUAUUGGGGCAGCUAUUUCAGAACAAAAGCAUAGGCUGGCCAGAAUUUCAGAGCGCAGUUCUUGAUGGACAUAGAAAUAGACAAGGCCAGAUAAGAUUAAGAAAAGAGAAGCAAUCAAUUUAUACAUACCCUGCUCCUGAUUGCAUGUGUAAAGCUUAAUGAUGAGAAGAGGAGGUUUUUUAUGUAGUUAGCUACAUCGAGUUGUUAUUGAUUUAUUAAGUUCCACAGAAAUUUCCUCUCACACGAUUCUAAUUGUAAUGUUGCUCUGGGAGUUUUAGAAUUCAUUCUAUUAAAGAUUAAAUGGAACUAUUUUUUUUGGAGUGA